UAAAUCCCUACACUUUGCAUUUCCGUACAAUUCCAUCCCUUCUCGAUUUCUCUUCAUCUCAAAUAAACAAAAACCGACCAAAAUAAUCAUUUUGCCCUCUUCUUCACACCCACUUCGCCCCCAUUUCUCGAUAAAUCACUGCCUCAAAUCUCCCUUUUCAAGUUGCUGUUAGUUAUGUCGGCUCUCAUUGAAGGUCUCCCCGAUGCUGUUGCUAUCAGGUGUCUUGCACGGGUCCCGUACUACCUUUUCCCGAAACUAGAAGUAAUUUGUCGUUCUUGGCGCGAAGCAGUUCACAGCACCGAGCUAUAUAAAGCCCGUGAAGAACUCAAAUCAAGUGAAAAUCUGUUAUGCGUUUGCGCGUUUGACCCAGAAAACGUGUGGCAACUUUACGACCCGACCCGAGACCUCUGGAUCACUCUCCCGGUACUUCCUUCAAAAGUUCGAAAUUUGGCCCAUUUUGGUGUGGUUUCUACCGCGAGGAAAUUGUUUGUCCUAGGUGGCGGUAGUGAUGCCGUUGACCCGUUGACCGGUGACCAAGACGGGAGCUUUGCUACAAACGAGGUCUGGGCGUAUGAUCCGGUGGUCCGACAGUGGGCCCAACGGGCCCCCAUGAUUGUUCCACGGGCCAUGUUUGCUUGUUGUGUGGUGAACGGGAAGAUAUUAGUCGCAGGUGGGUUCACGACGUGCCGGAAGUCGAUCUCGAAAGCGGAAAUUUACGAUCCGGAUAACGACGUUUGGGGUUCGAUUCCCGAUCUUCACUACUCUCAUAACUCGGCGUGUACCGGGUUAGUAAUCGGGGCUGAGGUGCAUGUGGUGCACAAGGGUUUGACCACGGUUCAGGUGUUGACCAAAGACGGGUGGAGAGUUCACGAGCAUUCGUGGCUUCAAGGCCCGAUGACCGUGGUUAACGGUUCGUUGUACGUGAUGAGUCACGGGCUUAUAUAUAAACAAGACCGGGAAUCGAGGAAAGUUGUGAUUUCGGCUUCGGGAUUCAAGAGGAGAAUCGGGUUCGCUAUGAUGGGCUUUCGGGAUGAUAUAUAUGUGAUUGGUGGUGUGAUCGGGCCCGAAGGAUGGAAUUCGGAUAUUAAAAAGAUGUCGGAUGUUGAUGUUUUAACGCUCGGGAAUGAGAAGCCCGUGUGGCAGAAAGCGGCUUCCAUGACUCGUUGUAGGGGGACGAUUCUCGGGUGUGUCGAGUUAAAAAUUUAGGUUAUUUUUUUUUCGGAUUUUUUUAUAUUUUAUCCGUUUGUUUCGAAUACUGAUGUUUAAGUUUUCGUUUAAAGCAGAAAUGACUUGUUUCAACCCGAACCUGUUUUUAAUUAUCAUUCGACACACAUAUGGCGCGUGUAUUUAAUCGAU